GAUUGAAAAAAAUCUCCCAACCGCCUUCACGGUUUUCCAUAUCUCAUUUUCACACAGAAUACAUCUGCUAGUUAUUGACAAAUACCAGCAAAUAAACCACAAAGAGACACAGAAUAUGGUCCCGCCGCCGCUCAUGUACACAGGCCAUGUCGACUUCCGCAUGCGUCUCGUGCUCGCCACGCUCUCGGGCCGGACGAUAAAGAUCGAAAAGAUCAGAUCUGAUGAUAUGGAGCCUGGUUUACGAGAUUAUGAGGUUUCUUUUUUGCGGUUGUUGGAGGCGGUUACGAAUGGCAGUGUCAUCGAGAUUUCAUAUACAGGUACGACCGUGGUCUACAAACCCGGCCUAAUAGUCAACGGCACAGUAACCCACAUCUGCCCCCUCACCCGCGCCGUCGGCUACUUCAUCGAACCCAUCCUCCUCCUCGCCCCAUUCGGCAAGUCCGCGCUCAACCUCACCGUCAAAGGCGUGACCUCCAACGCCGUCGAUCUCGGCGUCGACACAAUCCGCACCGCAAUCUUCCCUCUCUACAACAAAUUCGGCAUCAUGCGCCAGGAACUCCGCGUCAUCAAACGCGGCUCCCUCCCUCUCGGCGGAGGCGAGGUCAACGUCUUCUUACCCCAUGUGCUCCUGCAGCCGCAGACCUUGCACGCCGCCGUCUCCGCGCCGGCAGUCUCGAAAAUCAGAGGCGUCGCGUACUCGACCCGCGUGAGUCCCGCGAGCGUGAACCGGAUCAUCGACGGUGCGCGGAGUGUCCUCAACGUCACCGGCUGCGAGACGUUUAUCUUCAGCGACGUCGCGCGCGGCGAGGAGUCCGGCAAGAGUCCCGGCUUUGGCGUGUCGCUUGUCGCAGAGACGCGGUCCGGCUGGUGCUAUUGCUCAGAGGCGGUCGGAAGCGCGGGCGAGGCGCCUGAGGAUGUCGGCGAGCGGGCGGCGAGGGCGUUGUUGGAGGAGGUUGCGAACGGGGGGAUGGUGAGCCGGUGUCAGGCCAAGACGCUGGUCGUGCUCAUGGUGCUCGGCAAGGAGGAUGUAGGCAGAGUGUUACUCGGCAAGGGCGUGAUCGACGAGGGCUUCGUCAGGCUGUUGCGGGAUAUCAAGACCAUGUGGGGCACCGAAGCGCGGCUGAAGGAGUUUGAAGGGAAUGACUUUGACGAGGACGAGGACGACGAAGAGCGUGAAAAGGCGGAGGAAUAUGUGUUGAGUAUCAAGGGAGUUGGGUUUGUUAAUUCCAGCAAGAAAAUCGCUUGAAUGUGUGUCUGUAUCAAGUUUGGUAUGUUUGGACGAGACCGGGACCACCAAAAGUUUUACUUUGUACAAUAGAUUAUGCCAUUACAAUCAAUUACUUCUAAUUACUAAAAAUACACAGACACAUCAUCGCAAUGUGCCCGCCCGCUUCUUCUCCAACGCAGUCUUGUACGG